CUAGCGCGCGCCCCGCCGCGCGCCCGCCCGCCGGGGCCUGUGCGCUGCGGCGCGUGCGCGAGCGGUGCAGCACCGGCCGCGGGAGCAGGGAGUAUUAUGGGCUGUGGGUGCCGCUGAGCAAGAUGGAGCUGUCUGCAGUGGGCGAGCGGGUCUUCGCGGCCGAAUCCAUCAUCAAACGGCGGAUCCGAAAGGGACGCAUCGAGUACCUUGUGAAAUGGAAGGGGUGGGCCAUCAAGUACAGCACUUGGGAACCCGAGGAGAACAUCCUGGACUCGCGGCUCAUUGCAGCCUUCGAGCAGAAGGAGAGGGAGCGUGAGCUGUAUGGGCCCAAGAAGAGGGGACCCAAACCCAAAACUUUCCUCCUGAAGGCGCGGGCCCAGGCUGAAGCCCUACGCAUCAGUGACGUGCAUUUCUCUGUCAAGCCAAGUGCCAGCGCCUCCUCGCCCAAGCUGCACUCCAGCGCAGCCGUGCACCGGCUCAAGAAGGACAUCCGCCGCUGCCACCGCAUGUCCCGCCGCCCACUGCCCCGCCCGGACCCACAGGGUGGCAGCCCUGGCCUGCGCCCGCCCAUCUCGCCUUUCUCCGAGACCGUGCGCAUCAUCAAUCGCAAGGUAAAGCCUCGGGAGCCCAAGCGAAACCGCAUCAUCCUAAACCUGAAGGUGAUCGACAAGGGCACGGGCGGAGCGGGCACCGGGCAGGGGGCAGGAGCCCUUGCUCGCCCCAAAGUCCCCUCCAGGAACCGCGUCAUUGGUAAGAGCAAGAAGUUUAGCGAGAGCAUCCUGCGCACCCAGAUCCGCCACAUGAAGUUCGGCACCUUCGCGCUGUACAAUAAGCCCCCGCCCGGCCCUCCGCCACCCCCUCCAGUGGGCAAGGCCGACGCCGCCGCCUCCCCGGGCCCGGGGCUGCUGCUGGCAGCCCCCGCCGCCCCAUACGAUGCCCGCAGCUCCAGCUCCUCCGGCUGCCCCUCACCUACACCGCAGUCCUCCUCCGACCCCGAUGACACGCCCCCCAAGCUGCUCCCCGAGACCAUGAGCCCGUCUGCUCCCGACUGGCGUGAGCCCGAGGUGCUCGACCUGUCCAUCCCUCCCGAGGUGGCGGCCACCAGCAAGCGGGUGCCUCCCGACGCGUCGGCUGCCACGGGCCAGGAGCUUCCCGUGGCCCCUGAGCCUACCAGCGCCUCCUCUGAGCCCGAAGCCGGGGACUGGCGCCCCGAGAUGUCGCCCUGCUCCAACGUGGUUGUCACCGAUGUCACCAGCAACCUUCUGACAGUCACUAUCAAGGAAUUCUGCAACCCUGAGGAUUUCGAGAAGGUGGCUACUGGGGUAGCGGGUGCCACUGGGGGUGGUGGCGGCGGCAGCGGGGUGAGCAAGUGAAGGGGCUCCACCGAGGAGGGGGGCACUGGGGGGAAGCACUCCUGCCCAGAGCCCUGCUCUGCCCCCGCCCCUGCCCUCAGACACCUCUGCCUGUGCGUUGCUUGUUUCAGAUGGCUCAGCUUUGACCCCGGGAGUGGGCUGGGCAGUUGGAGCCCCCCGAAACCCAGGGGAGCGGCAGUCCCCGGACGGAUUUGGGGUGGGGCCAGGGCACCCGGAAGUCCUUCUUGUCUCUUGGCACCGUCCCAACCCAUGCAUGGUGGGGCCUGCUGGGGGGGGCUCCUGGGGAGCCCCAGAACCUGGAGCUCAGCCGCCUCCUCCACAUCCCGCACUGUCUCUCCCCGGCUUGCUUCCAGCUCGUGCGCACAGCAUCUGAUUUCUCGGUGCUACCCCGGCAGCUGUGGGGCCCCUUAGGAGACCCCUUCCCCGAAUGGGCUCUGCCCCUUUCCUUCCCCCAGGUGCCUGGGCAGGAGGGGCCAGGGGUGGCAAAGCCCAGACAGUGGUUGAGGAGAGGCCAGCCUUGGCCCCUCCCUCCCUAUCAACCUGUGCGCAGGGGCGGGGCCAGAGGCCGGGGUCUUCCUGCCCACUUUGGGACAAGACCCAAGUAGGUUCCCUAAGGCUCCGCCCACCGGUCUCUUCGCUCAUCCCCCGUCUCAAAGGUGGGAGGGACUGGCAGGGACCUCCCAUUGCCGCAGCCUCCUAGCAUCUAAAGGCCCUUCAGUUCUCGACCAAAGGUGCUACCAGAACCUGCUGUAGAAACUUCCAGCCAGUGCACGCAUCUGCAGCCCCUUGGCGCGUCGGUGCGCCUACCUGUGUGUGCGCUGGGCCCGAGCUUUCCGGCGCCCCCUUGAGGGUUCCGUGGAAUAGAGUCGUCAAAGGCC